CGAGAUGUAUCGCAAUGCGAGCAUCGGCGGAACGCUCGCAGAUACGCUCGACGAUCUUAUCAGCAGUCGUCGUAUCGAGCCUCAGCUUGCCAUCAAGAUUAUGACCAACUUUGAUCAGGUCAUCGCCCAAGUGCUCGGUGAGAAGGUCAAGGCAAGAAUGAGCUUCAAGGGUCAUCUUGAUACCUACCGUUUCUGUGACGACGUUUGGACCUUCAUUCUCAAGGAUGUCAAGUUCAAGCUCGACAACUCUUCGACGAUCGAGGUUGAGAAGGUCAGAAUCGUCAGCUUGCUGAACGCCAACUCUCCUCACAACACUGGAAAGAAGUAGCACUCUGGAAGCAGGCUGCCAACCGGCAUGAUGACAUUUGAUAUUUGGGAUCACGGCGUACAAGGCGCAUCAGAGGGAUGCUGAGGAAUCAUAAUUCAUACCCAAUUUCAGACAGAGACGAUCAAAUUGAAGACAGACAUUAUCACUCACCA